AUGUCUUCCAACACCACUUCCAUUGGUACGUCUCACUCCACACAUCAUCACAACACUCUCCAUCCAUACCGCUCUCUCUUUUCUUGGCUUCCCUCCCCCAACUCACCCACCGUCCACCUCGUCGCUUCUCGCGGCCGGCGUCGCAGACAUGCCCAAACACGCCACUAACACCUCCCCAGCGACGACCAGCACCGCGCCUGGCUCGACCACCUCCGCCGCCGGCACCACCUCCGCCGCCGGCACCACCGCCACCUCCAUCGAUACCUCCUCUAUCGCUUCAUCCAUCUCCUCCGCUCUCUCCUCCUCACUCGUCUCUCCUUCGCCCACAUCCACCGUCACAGUCGAGCCCAGCACCACACGAGCAACCUCCACCUCGAUUGUCUCCGAGUCAGCACUACCGCCCACCACACAGGUCAUCACCUCGGUCAUCACCGCCUCCGCUGCGCCUGGCCAGUCCACCGGAUCCGCCGUCACCGUUGUCGUGACCGCGACCAGAGGCAGCACAGUCGUCCCCGUCUCGACAACAGAGGCCUCGACCGGCACCGCCUCAACCACAUCUUCCGCCGGUCCCGCGCUCAAUACCGGCAGCAACCAGAACAAAGGAACCAGUGGCGGCGGCGGGCUAUCUACCGCUGGUGUGACUGCCGUCGCAGUCGUCGUUCCAGUCGUAGUCGUCGCGCUCCUCGUACUAGCCGGAAUCUUCUUCUGGCGGAAACGCAAGCAAAAGAAGGUCCAAGAAGAGCAGCGUCGCAAGGAGAUUGAAGAGUAUGGCUUCAAUCCUAAUAACGACCCGACACUGCCCACGGUAGCAUCGGAGAACGGACAGGAAAUGUCGGAGGACCACAGCAGCGGGUACAGGGGCUGGGGAGCCGCUACUGCUUCCAACCGCAAGAUGUCCACCACUCUUUCUGGUGGACACACGCAGGGUCAGCUCUCGGAUUCAGGCAGUGCUCCCUACCGCGGCAACCCAAACUCGCCCACCGGCGGCGCCUCAGAUGGUCACAGCGGUGACCCGCUCGUGAUGGGCGGUGCUGUGGGACAUGCACGGGAAGACACCAUGGCAAGCGAUGACUUGGGAGCUCUAGGCCAUGGACCAGCCGCUGGAACGAAUCCAUCAGGCAUGAAGCGCGGUCCCAGCAAUGCCUCAUCCACAUAUUCUGCAGGCAACCACUCGGACGUCUCGGAUGGACCACCUCAAGGCAGCCUGCCUCAGUCUUAUGAGGCUUACAACCCGAAUGCAUUCGGCUACUCCCAACACGGCCCGUACGGCGAUGGUACAUACGGCGGCGCGGGGGAUGUGCAAGAGAACGGCAUGCCCAUUGUACGGGAUGUUUCUGCGAGAAGAAACACCCGGAUACAACAGCCUGGAAAUUACCAGCAGGGCAAUUCGGGCAUUGCGCAGAACUUCUAG